AUGCUGUACUGUCCAUAUCCCCGGGCCGGAGUAGAAGGCGAAGGCAUCGGACAGAGACCGGCUCGAGGCACAGUAUCCGGCCCCGAGCAAUUUGAUGCCGACCCAAUAACCCUUCACACUAUACAACUCGUUCAACAUUCCCGUAAAAUGAAAUCUCUUAUACAGCAACUUCGAGAUAAUUCAAAGAACGAUAAGAACGACACUCAUUUAGCAGCUUCAAUUCCAAUUCCUCAAUAUCCAGAAACUGGGAAAGUUAACCAGCAACGUACCAAAUCCUGGUCAUUCCAAAGGCCGAUUUGCAAGACAGAAUUAGAUUCAGGAAUCGGCUUUGCUUCAUGUCCUAUUGACAGUGUUGAUUGUCGGAGACUCAGCCGACGAUCCAUUGCUACUAUUUGUGCUCAUGUUGGGUUCGAUAUGUGUAAAGAAUCGGCCCUAGAACUACUGGCGGACAUCACCUGCGAGUAUUACCAACGCCUCACCAAACAUCUCCGGUCAGCCGUUGACAGUCAGCUGCUUCUGGGGCAUUCAGGUUUUCCCGAUGUGCUCGAACAAGUGUUCCAAGAGUGUGGAGUAGGUAGUGUACACGAUCUUGAAGAUUUUUAUAAUAACCGUGUACUCCGGUAUCACGAGUCGAUGGUGAGUCAGUGUCAACAGUUGGUGCAGGAUUACGAGAAACUGCAUCAGGUAAAUAAGACUGCCACUGAGAAAACUAGUGUUGGUAGCACUGAGGUGAAUGUUAAAGAGGAAGGAGACGUCGGCGGUGAACUCGUUUUGCCGCCUUCGGACGAAGAUAAAAAUGAAAACGAUUCCAUCGAGAUGGAAGAGUUUUAUUUAGACGCCCUUGGUCCGAUGGAUAUGCCCUUCGAGCAGGAAACAGUGACCACUAUGGUUCCAGAUUUAGAAUGGAAGGUACCGGCCGGUAUGGCUGAAGCACAAGGGCUAACGAAAGAAAUGUGUUUAGACGCAGACGAUGAAGAACCCGCGUUUAAUCACGGUGCUAGCUAA